AAAUUGAUAUAAUUUUUAAGUCUUCAAAAGUAUUUGAUAAAAAUAAAAACGGGUAAUAUUAUAAAUAUGGGAUUUUCGACGAGUCUUCAGGGACAAUCAGCACAAGAAGCAUUAUUAAUAAGACAAGAUGCUGAAAUAAAACUUCUUGAAUCAAUGAAAAGAUGUUUAGCAUUAAAAGUAAAAUCAGAUCGUGAAUAUGCAUCAACAAUGUCAUCACUCAGUUUACAAGUCAAAAAAGCUGAAAGAUAUGAUGAUCUUUUUGGUAGUUUAAUAAAUCAAAGUUGGAAAGAUAUUAUGGAUUCAAUUGAUCAAACAGCAAAACUUAUAAAACAACAAGCUGAUUCAAUGGAAAAUAUUGUUGUUGAACAAAUUAGUAAUUUAUACAGUGAAAGAAGACGUGCAAGAAAAGCAUUUCAAGAAGAACAUAUAUGGUUGAAUAAUCAAUUUCAACAAUUAACUGAUGAUGUUGCACGUAAAAAAACUGAAUAUCAAAAAAAUUUGGAAGUAUAUAAAUUAGCAAGGUCAAAAUUUGAAGAGCAUUAUAUUAAUCGUCCUGGUAAAGGAGGAAGAAAAUUAGAUGACGUCAGAGAAAAAUAUCAAAAAGCUUGUCGUAAACUUCAUUUAACACACAAUGAAUAUGUACUUCUUAUUGGAUCUGUAACUGAAUGUGAACAAGAAUUACGAACUAGUUAUUUACCAAAACUUCUUCGUCGUCAACAAGCUAUUCAUUUAGAAUUCAUUGUAACUUGGAAAGGAAUUCUUCAAGAUGUCGUUAAAUACUCUGAUUUUACAUCUGAAAAUUUUUUGGAAAUUCGUUCACGUAUGCAAGCAGCUGUUGAUUCAAUAAAACCAGCUGAUGAAUACAAAGAUUUUAUUUGCAAACACAGAACUCGUCAAGCAGUACCUUUACUUUUUACAUUUGCUGAAAAUUUAGAUGAUGCACCAGGAACAUUAUUACCAAAUAAAUUAGCAAUUGAUAAUUUAACAAUUGAUUGGUUAAAAAGUCGACUCAAUGAACUUGAAAUAUUAAUGAAACCAAUUCAAGCAAGCCGAAAUGAAAAUGGUUUCGAUACCAGUAAAGUGGCAAUAAUGGAUUAUACGAUAGAGAGAGAACAAAUAAGGCUACGUUGUAAAGAAAAAAAAUUUCUUCGUGAAGCUGGAAUUAUUCGUAGUGCACUCAAUGAAUUGGGAUGUGAGGAGGUACCAUCAGGAUGUGAUUUAUCAAUGGCAGAUCCAUUUGUUGAGCAAACUUCAACAUUAAUAAAAAAAAAAUUUUUGGACAAUGGUAUGUUAUCACUACGACGAAAUAAAAAAACAAAAAGUCCAUUUAAAUCAAUGUCAUCAAUAAAUGAAUCAAACAACGAAGGAGCUUCAUUAAAAGUUAUUCGUAAAUUGUCUCAUAUGUUUGAACAAGUUGAUAAAAAACAAAAUGUAUCAUGUGAUACUGAUAAUUCAAGUAUCUAUGAAAAAGAAAAUGGUGAUUUAAUAAAUGAAGAUUGGUUUCAUGGUGUAUUACCAAGAGAAGAAGUUGUUAGAUUAUUAGUUACUGAUGGUGAUUUUCUUGUAAGAGAAACAACAAGAAAUCAUGAAUGUCAACUUGUAUUAUCAGUAUGUUGGGAUGGACAUAAACAUUUUAUUGUACAAACAACACAAGAAGGACAUUUUCGUUUUGAGGGACCAUCAUUUACAACAAUACCAGAAUUAAUAAUGCAUCAAUGGAAUUCUGGUUUACCAGUUACUGCACGUUCUGGUGCAAUAUUAAAAAUGCCAAUAUGUCGUGAAAGAUGGGAACUUAAUAAUGAUGAUGUUGAAUUAAUGGAAAAAAUUGGACGUGGUAAUUUUGGUGAUGUUUAUAGAGCACAAUUAAAAACUAGUCAAACUGAAGUUGCUGUUAAAACAUGUAGAGUAACAUUACCAGAUGAACAAAAAAGAAAAUUUUUACAUGAAGGUCGUAUACUUAAACAAUAUGAUCAUCCAAAUAUUGUUAAACUUAUUGGUAUAUGUGUACAAAAACAACCAAUUAUGAUUGUCAUGGAAUUAGUACAUGGUGGUUCAUUAUUAACUUAUUUAAGAAAAAAUUCAUCAUUAUUAGGUCAAACUGAAUUAUUAAGCUGCUGUAGAGAUGCUGCUGCUGGGAUGACAUAUUUAGAAUCAAAAUAUUGUAUUCAUAGAGAUUUAGCAGCAAGAAAUUGUCUUGUUAGUCUUGAAUCAGUUAUUAAAAUAUCUGAUUUUGGAAUGUCAAGAGAAGAAGAAGAAUACAUUGUUUCAGAUGGUAUGAAACAAAUUCCAAUUAAAUGGACAGCACCUGAAGCUCUUAAUUUUGGAAAAUAUACGUCACUCUGUGAUGUCUGGAGUUAUGGUGUAUUGAUGUGGGAAAUUUUUUCUAAAGGUGGAAAUCCAUAUAGUGGAUUGACAAAUACUCAAGCUCGUGAACGAAUCGAUGCAGGUUAUCGAUUACCAGCACCUGAAGGAACACCAGAAGAAGUUUAUACAUUAAUGCUAAGAUGUUGGGAUUAUCAACCUGAAAAUAGACCUCAUUUUAAUCAAAUUCAUUCUGCCAUUGAAGCACUCUAUCGAUCUUACUUAAGGUCAAAUUAAAAAUCAUAUCUCUUCAAUUAUUGUUCAUAAAAAAAAAAAAAAAACCAUUGCAAUAUUGCUUGUGAUAUUGAUUUAAAGAAAAAAAAAAAACAAAAUAUUAUUAUUAUUAUUAAGUUUAAAUUGAACUAGUUAUAUUGUUAAUGAAAAAUAGUAUCAACUGUUAGUCAAAAAAAAGAAGAAACCAUUGUGUUGAGAUGUUAUUUUUAUAAAAUUUGUUAUAUUGUCAUUUAAACUUGAAUUAACCAUUUCAAAAUCAUGUUUUGCCUAACACCAUAUUAUAUUUGUUCUAAAAAAAAAAUCGAUUGAUUAUAAUAUUUUAUAUUCUCUCUGUUUUGUAUUGAAAAUAUAUAAUCAAGUUUUAUGCAUAUAUUGUGUUAAUUUUAAUGACAAAAAAAAAAAAAAAAUAGCUUAGUUAAAAUUCAAAUUACGAUAUAUUCAAGUAACAAUAAAAACACUUUAUUUCG